AUGGCAUCUAGUAUUCUCCCAGGAAUGACGUUGCCAUCAUUAAAAGUGAAAAUAAAUGGAAGGCUCCGAACAGCAUUAAAUGAUUCUGGAUGCUCCAUUACUGUGGUUCAUGCUGAGUCCGCGCAUGGGCUUGUGUUAAAAAGUCAAAAACUUAUCAUAACUUUGGGAGGAACUGUGCAAGUGCUGGGUGAAAUGGUAAUCAAUCUGGAAAUGGAUGGAAUACACCGGAUGGUUAAUUCUCUGGUUGUAAAAGAAAAACCGUUUGGGUUUGAUUUGAUUUUUGGAAUGAAUGCAAUUAAAAAAUUUGGAGGAGUUAUCAUUUAUGGUAAUAAAAACUGUAACGUCCGAAUGUUAGCAUGUGACAAAGCGAAAUGUGGUGCCGUUACUACGACGAGAAAAAACGAAAACGAAAUAAACGAAUUAAAAAUUGAUGUUAUUAAUACGACAAGAAAAAGCGAAAACGAAGUACAAAAAAUAAAAUGUGAUGUCAAAAAUACAACAAGAAAUGAAGAGAGCGAAAGAAACGAAAUAAAACAUCAGGACUUCACAGCAAAGUUCGACGGAAAAGAAUGGACGGCAUCAUGGAACUGGAAUAAAGAGCCUGUAAUUGAUAAUACCAUUUGUGAAUACAAGAUGAAACAAGAGCACGAACGUAGUUACCGUAAAGAAAUACGUGAAUGGAUUGACUCUGGUAUUCUUGUACCAUAUAACGAACUAAUAUUGGGACCACCAAAAGUAUUGAUACCGCUUAUGUGCGUAGUGCAAGAAAACAAGGACAAAAAGGUACGUCCAGUGGGAGAUUUCCGAGCUCUCAACGAAUUUGUAAAUUGUCAUACGGCAAAUGCGGACGUUUGUCAAGAAAAACUGCGUUGCUGGAGAAAAAUAAAAAAUGCAAAAAUUCUCGAUCUUAAAAAAGCCUACCUCCAAAUUCAUAUUGAUAAAAAACUUUGGCCAUAUCAAACGGUGAUUAUAAAUGGGCAACGGUAUUGUUUUACCAGGAUGUGUUUUGGCAUCAAUGUGGCUCCAACAAUAAUGACCACAAUUCUUCGGCAUGUUCUUAAUUUAAAUCCAACCGUAAAGAAAGCAUGUGAUAACUACAUUGAUGAUAUAUUUGUGGAUGAAAGUGUGGAAACUGCGAAAAAUGUAGCGAAGCAUCUGCUUAAAUUCGGAUUACAAUGUAAACCUCCACAAGAUCUUGAACAAGGACGUGUCAGAAUUGAGAGUCGAAAGAAAUAAAAAUGGGGAACUGAU